CAGCAUUGGCUGUACACUAAACGCUCUCCUCGUCGUCCAUGGCGUCCUUCCAAGUCGUGAAAAAGGCGGUGUCGUUGGGGCCCGCCGUCCGUGCCUUGCCUAGCGGCGUCCCCCACGUUCCCUUACUCAACCUCGCAGCGCGAGCUCCCCACGACAACCACCACUAUGACCCCCAGGCUCCUCGCACAGACGUCGCUCCUCGAUGGGUGGGUGGCGCCAGCAAGGUUGGCACCCAACUCCUCUCCAAGACUGUCGCCUCUGCCCUCCCCACCGUCAACUUCCAACAGCGACUCAUGCACACCUCCGCCGUCGUGAAGAACGCCAACGAGACUCCCGACUGGUCUGCAUACCGAACCAACCCUGAGAACAGCCGUGCUCUGUCGUAUUUCAUGGUUGGCUCCAUGGGUGUCAUCUCUGCGUCUGCUGCAAAAUCAUCCGUUUCGGAAUUCCUCCAAACGAUGGCCGCCUCCGCCGACGUUCUCGCUCUUGCAAAGGUGGAGGUCGACUUGGCUUCCAUCCCCGAGGGCAAGAACGUCAUCAUUAAAUGGCGUGGCAAGCCCGUCUUCAUUCGACACCGAACUCAGAGUGAAAUCGAGGAGGCCCGUGCCAUUGACUGGAAGUCUCUCCGUGAUCCCGAAUCCGACGACGCCCGAGUGAAGAAGCCUGAGUGGUUGGUCAUGCUUGGUGUCUGCACCCACCUUGGUUGUGUCCCCAUUGGCGAGGCUGGUGACUAUGGAGGAUGGUUCUGCCCUUGCCACGGUUCCCAUUAUGACAUCUCUGGCCGUAUCCGCAAGGGUCCCGCUCCCACCAACUUGGAAGUCCCUCAGUACGAACUCAACGAGGCGGACAACAAGCUCGUCAUUGGUUAAUCACAUUAUAUUGCACUCAUCUCGGUUUAAAUAUUCUGUCCCCACGAAUACCUAGAGCCCUAUACAUACAGACAAUCCUUUCAAAACGGUUGGCAGAUCACUAGAGAGUAAUGACAGCCG